AUGUGGAUUAGGUAUAUCGUCGAUGGAAAUGCCUACUUCUUUACUGCGACGGAUAUCGCAAGGAGAUUGGAGUUCACGCAUCAGACGAGAGCUGUAAUCGUGGCUGUUGGGUAUCCUAACAAGACCGGCGGUGUUUUUGACAAACGGAGAAACGGAGACUUGACACCGGAGUCCGGGGAUGGGGUUUAUGAUAUCCCGCCCGGGCCGGAUGGGAAACCAUCGCUUGGUCCUUUUGGCGGCGCGUCGGACUUUCUGGAUAUCAUCAAGAACGACAUCCAACCGUAUGUUGAGAGUACCCUCUUCCCGAAUGCAUCUCUGGGAACAGGUCCCAAAGCGCUCUUCGGCCAUUCCUACGGCGGCCUCUUCGCCCUCAACGCGCUAUUCACGAAGCCAGAGUAUUUCGACACAUUCAUCGCUGCGAGUCCGUCCAUCUGGUUCAACAAUUGCAGUAUUACUCGCAACCAGGAACAGCGCUUCAAUGAGCGCGACUGUCUAAGCGGUCGCGCGCCAAGAUUGCUUGUCAUGUUUGGUGGAGCGGAACAGACACUGGUUCAAUUGCCCGGUGAGUCAGAUGACAAGUUUGAGAAGAAACAAAAGGGCGCGACGCUGCGAAAGAUGAGGGAUAAUGCCCUGGCGUUGGUGGCGAGGAUGCAAGAGUCGCGUCAUUUGAGACAUGUCUGGUGCUGGGAGUUUGAGGGUGAGGAUCAUGGUUGCGCGGCACCGUGUGCGUUGCAGAGGGGGCUGUUGAGGUUUCUCAUGGAUCAACGUGCGGGGCAGUAA